ACGGUCGUCGCGACUCGAUUGUUGAAGCAAAACAAAAGCAAAGUAUCGUUUUGUUCGUACGUGUGUACAAAAAUCUUUAAUUAAAAGCUUUUUACCGGAUCUUAAAUAGCUUUAAAACAAUAGUCGGUACGAUUCAGCCGGUCCCGUCCAUCCGGAGGAAUCAGAAUGAACGAAUUCAACCACAAAACGGUAUUCGUGCUCGAUCACACGCCCUAUUUCGGUAUAUCCUGCGAAUCGCCCAUUGAUUGCGAUUUCAUAAAAAGCAAAAUCCCGAUUCCUCCGAUCAGCAAGAGCCUCUGGACAUGUGCGGUGGAAGCAUCGGUCGAGUACUGCCGCAUCGCCUGGGAUCUGUUUCCGAGCGGACGGUUGAUCCGUUUCGUGGUCAGCGAUACGGCAGCCCACAUCGUCAACACCUGGAACGUGGCCACCCAGAGUCUGACGCACGUGAUGAACGCCAUGUCCAUGGUCAGUGUGCCCCCGCGCCAGUCCCAAGCUAACGAUUAUUCCGUCAUCCAUGGGCUGAGAGCGGCCAUCGAAGCUCUGGCCGAACCGACCGACUUUCAGAAAGAACUGCUUCAGGGAAACGACCAGGUCGUGUAUAAUCUGGGACGGGUAAUCUGUAUUACCUCGGCACGAGACGAUGCCAGCAUGAAAAGUUUGGAAGACAUCUUUCGAACCGUUCUGGUGCAACAAAACUCCAUUUCUGCAAAUCACAAAGACUAUCUGAAAAUCGACCAAUGCCACCUGGUCAUCAUUAAUCUGUAUCCAUCCAACAUGGAGUCGAUGGUCAACAAUCGAGCUCUUAUCGAAAUCUCGCCUAUCCUGAAAUCGGAAAUCCACUCCAACAAGGCGAACAAAAUAUCCAACAAAUUAACUCAUCUCAUAUUGCCACACUUCGAUCUGGCCAGCACGACCGUUACCGGUAUCCCGAUGAAGGAGGAACAAAAUGCCAGCUCUAGUGCAAACUACGAUGUGGAAAUAUUUCAUGGGCGCAACGCUCACUCGGUUUUCCUGGGGACGGAACUGGUACUGCCACACAGCAUCAAGGAGGGAUCGGACUAUGAAACCGUUACACUCAAAUGGUGUACCCCUCGGAGCUGUGGAUCAUCCGAGAUGCAACCCUGUCUGGCUCAAUGCCGAGUUACGCCGGUUGAUGUAACUUCCCGUCCCAGCUCGUGUUUGAUCAACUUCCUGCUGAAUGGCCGCUCGGUGCUGUUGGAAAUGCCGAAAAAGUCCGGUGGCAAAAUCACUAGCCACCUGCUUUCCGCCCACGGCGGGGAAAUCUUUAUCCAUUCGCUAAACACAGCCCGGAGUUGUCUAGAAGAUCCGCCGUCGAUUUCCGAAGGUGGUGGUGGGCGAGUAACCGAUUAUCGAAUCAAUGAUUUCGGUCAGUUCAUGCAAAUGCAUCGAAUCGUUCCAUUAAAACCGAUUCCAGAACGAAAUCCAGACGAAAAUUUGCUGAAAAUGCGAACUAAGCUGUCCAAAAGUUCCCGUUACUGGCCACUCACGCUGGGCACCACAAUACUUUACAACUUGCGUCAAUUCGUAGAUGUUAUCCUCGUGCUAACGCAAAAACCGGAACUAACCGAUGAAGACGUACUUCAGUGUCAGAAAACCGUCUAUCAGCUGGCAGCCCUCGAAGGGCGCCAGGAAUCCUUAGCUUUGCCCAACAUGGGUCACCGUUUGAAAGGGGCCAAGCGAGAAGAACAGUACCGGUUGCUGUGGGCCGAACUCGAGAUGGUCGUGAGCCACACGGGAUCAUCGGUUGGCCAUAAGGCGGUGCUGAAAUGUAUCCGCGACUGUCGAAGUCGGACACCGAUCGAGAUUGUCGAUAAAGAUGACGCUGCCGCAGACGCACACCGAGCCUCCGUUAUCCGAGCAACGACCGAUUCUCCCAUGUCGCCGCCGCACUCGUCUGUCGGUGAUGCGACGGCUUUGCUUCUCGGGGCUGGCCGAAGUGGAGGAACGAAAAAAAUCCUUGGCGGUGGUACCAGGUCCUUGUUCGACGUUUUGGCUAGCACCGAACGCGUCCAGAGUCAGAAACGUAUCGAUUUUAGUGGACGACUGUGCACUCCAUCCGGUCAGGUUGCCAAGCUGUACCCAAAUCUGGGUACGAAAGAGGAACCGGCGGCAGCUGCCCAAGCACGACAAGCUGACGUGAAGUAAAGAUAGACAACAACAAACAAUAUUCUAGAGUUAGGUAUACUCUUUUAAAGGUAAGUCGAAAACUAACGGUACGUUUAAAUAAUGUAAAAUAAAUUUUAUUACACGUUCGAUGUAAAGCUGCAACGCUAAAGUGACCGUUAUUUUAGAGAAACUCAUUUACAUUCUAUACUACGACUUUCAUAAUUUGGGCAUACUUUCACUUGCUGGACUUGUUAAUUGUUUACAGACAACU